AUGUACGAUGACGUCCUCUGCGACGCCAUCGGCGGCAACAACAUCUUCCACCACAGCUUCAACCUCUCGGCGACGAAGAGGAUCGAUCGCAACUCGGUGGUGGUCCUCGCCGCCCGCCAGGACUCCUUCAGCCUGCUGGACGGCCUGGCGCCGGGCGCCGACUCGGCCAUCUCCUCCACCGUCGUGCUGAUGGCCGUCGCGGAGAUGCUCCACCAGGAUCCGGCCAUCAGGGCGGCCAUUUCCGCCUCAAGUAAAAAACUGCUCUUUGCACUCUUCGACGGCGAGGCCUUCGACUACAUCGGCUCCAGUGACACCGUCCACCAGAUGGUGGCCAAUGAGCUGCCGCUGGCCGACCCCUAUCGAAUCUCCGCCGAGAAGCUGCACAGUCUCUAUCCCAGUCUCAAUCUCACCCAUCUGUCGCACUUUAUUGAGUUGAGUCAGCUGGGACAGUACCGCCGCCGGAGAAAUGGAAGCACUCGUCAACACCAACAAGGCUCAUUUUCUGGAGAAGAGGAAGAAGAAAUUCACCAGAUCUUCCUUCACAAGGACCCUAAAUCGGCGGGCGUGCCCACGCUGGUGGACCUAGUGAACAGCAUCAAAACGAACGCCGUUGGUCUGAACAAGAUCAAGGUCACGGAAAUUGAGGGUUCCAGCAGUCCACUGCCGCCCUCCUCCGCGCAGUCCUUUCUCAAGAAACGGCCGGCCACCGUGGAGGAUGGCCACUUUGCCGUCCUGGUGGCAGCCAACCACCGCCAAGGCUACCUGAACCGCCACUACAACAGCUUCCUCGAGGACGGGCAGGACUUUGUGCCGGCAAAGGUGCUGGCCAGGCGGCUGACCGACCUGGCCACCCUCUUCGGCCGCGUCCUCUACCAGCUAGUGACUGGAAGGGCGUUGACGCCCGACGUCCGGGCCAGCGAGCGGACGGUGAGCGACCUGCUCACCUGCUACCUGAACAACUCCAAUUGUCGCCUCUUCCAGGAGGUGGCCGGCGCCGAGGAGACGAAGCUGAUUAACGGCACCCAGCCGCCGUACAGCACCUACGUCAGCGUCUUCCAGACUCGCAAUGAGCUGCGUCUGGUCAAUCGGGCGCUGCUCUUCCGCUUCACCGGCCAGGUGAUGAGCGGCGUUCCUAAUGCUACCGAGUGCGACCGGCUGGGCGAUGCAGUGGAGGACAAGCAAUUCCGCUACUGGUGGCUGUACGGCAGCUCGCUGGCGGGCGAGUGCGUCCGCUCCUCCGCCUACAUGGUGCCCACCACCUCGCCGGCCAUCGACCCCGCCUCGCUGACCGUCCGAACUGACCUCCUCUCCGAGUACUCCCUCUGGACGGAGAGCAAGUGGCAGUCCAGCUCGGUGCGCCUCUUCGUCGUGCCCAGUCCGCUGCAGCGGGCGCUGGUCGUCGUGCUGGGCCUGCUGGUGGCCGCCGCCUCGCUGGCCGUCGUCUGGUGGGUGUCCCGCUACGGCAGCGGCGAGGGCCGCCUCUUCUUCAUCAGCGGCGGCUCCAACUCGACCGGAAACAACAGCUCCGUCUGCGAGAGUAUCAGCAACAUUAACAUUGGCGGCAGUGGUGGUGGCAGUGGUGGGGUUGGUAGUCGAAAUAUGAGCAGCAGCAACAGCAGUGUCGGUGGUGGAAAUGAGGCAGAAACUCGAA